CUGAUUUUCUCAUUUUUAAUUACUUCAUGCAAUACCAUUGAACCCAUGGUGCCUUUUUGAUAAAUGCAACAUUACCCCCUUAUUCUGAUCCUCUUCAGUUCAUUGAAUGGGCUAUUUUUCAUCGCCGUUCAGAUCCAUUUUAGUCGUGGCAACUCGAAAAGUGGAUUCCUUGUUCCAAGAUAAUUUCGUCGGAGGGUUUCGAUUGCUUCGGCAUUUAACGGCGGAACAUUGACGGGAUUUUGUUCCUGGGUGAGUUCUUCCUGAAUUUCGUGAACGCAUCGAAAUCGAAAGUACUAGACGCCGAUGAAUGAAUAUCUGUGGUAAAAAGAGAAGGUUUUUUUGGUUUUUGUUUUUCAUUGUCGGUGUGAUUUGAUUGAGUCGCUUCAGAAGAGAAGUAGAUAGAGAAUCUCUUUUCUUUUGUGGGGUUGGAGCCAAAGGGAUGCGUAGGCAUAAUAGAGCAGAUAGAGAUGAAGCAGAGAGGCACGUGGGUUUGCUUAGAUGGGCGCAAAUUCUUUCAUUCUUGCUUGUUUUUGUAGCAGGUAUUGUUAUUGGUAUAGCUACAAGUUCUCAUAUUAAUAGGCUUUAUUUUAGUCCACAAUCUGAGCUAUACUCGUUCGUCAACCAUGCAUCAAGCGCACCUGUCCCCGUGCCAGAAGAAGAAGUUAAGGAACAUGAUAACUGUGGAAGAACCAUACAAGAGUGCGAAGUAAUUAAUUGUUUGAAUUUAGAGACAUUUCUACAUCCCCCUAACCUGACCCAUAAUUUGAUCGAUGACGAGCUUUUUUGGAGAGCUUCCUUGGUGCCCAAGAAAGAAGGGUAUCCCUCUAGCUAUAGGAGAGUGCCUAAACUGGCUUUUAUGUUUUUGACAAGGGGGCCUCUACCCUUGCUGCCUCUCUGGGAAAGGUUCUUCAAAGGGCAUGAGGAUUUGUUCAAUAUAUAUGUCCAUGCACCUCCAGGAUACAAUAUGAAUGUGUCUAAUUCUUCUGUUUUUCAUGGACGGCAGAUUCCAAGUCAGGAUGUUUCAUGGGGAUCAGCAACUCUGACUGAUGCUGAGAGGCGUCUUUUAGCCAAUGCCUUGCUUGACUUUUCAAAUGAGCGUUUUAUUCUUAUCUCUGAAAGCUGCAUUCCUGUCUAUGACUUCCCUACUGUCUACAAAUACCUUACUAGCUCUGUUCUCAGUUUUGUUGAUUCAUAUGAUGACCCUUCCCGUUAUGGCCGUGGCCGAUAUAGCCGGCACAUGCUUCCUCAUAUCCAUCUUAGACACUGGCGGAAAGGCUCUCAGUGGUUUGAACUUAACCGUGAACUUGCAGUUCAUAUAAUCUCUGACACCAAUUACUACAAACUCUUCCGAAAAUUCUGUAAGCCUGCUUGCUACCCUGAUGAACACUAUAUUCCAACAUACUUGAACAUGUUCCAUGGUUCCCUAAACUCAAAUAGAACUGUGACUUGGGUUGACUGGUCACAAGGAGGUCCUCAUCCAGCAACAUUUGGAGCAUCGAACAUAACGGUGGGAUUUAUACAGUCUAUAAGAAACAACGGAACCCUGUGCCAACAUAAUUCAGAAAUUACAUCGGUAUGCUACCUUUUCGCUCGCAAGUUUGAUCCAAGCACACUGGAGCCCUUGCUCAACAUCUCUAUGGCCGUGAUGGGCUUCUGAAUAACUUUGGUUCCAGAGAUAAGAUAUUUAUCUACUUUGAAUUUGGAUUUUCUAGAGUUUGAAAAGAAAUUUACUAUGUAAGUCUUGGAGAGAGGACGCAAACAAGUGAAGUAGAGGAUGCUUCUUUUUCUCGCAUUCUCUCUCCAGCUGUAUCCCAUAAGGUAUUUUAGAGAAUUCAAAUCCAAUUACUAGGACUUUGGUAGAGAAUUUAACAAUUUCACAGUAUCAGAAUGAUUUUUGUAUCAGUCUGUACACUUUGUAUAGGUAGUGUUAGAGAAUUUUGUGUUCUCUACCAGAGAAUAUCUUAUUUUGCAGAAACAACACUUAAACGUCCGUUAGAGGACGAAAUUCACUAAUACAGACAUUUUUAUGCUA